GUACAGAAACGAUAGUGUCAUAUCUAACUAGUGUGUAUUUAAUUUUACGAAUUGCAGAAAAAUCAUAGAUGGCGCUGCGUACGAAGGCUCGGUUCUCGUCCAGUAGCAUGGCAGCAUCCGUUCUGUACGGUGUUACGGAUUAGCAAGCGUGAACGUCUAGUAAAUCGUAUCGCAAAUCUCUCGUCGGAGGGAUCUAAAAAUUCUUAUUAUUUAUCUGUUUCUGCUGUUGUUCGCGGAGCACCAUUGAAACGAAAUUUUACGUUUCUUUUAUUAAUCCUUAUAACACCUAACACGCGGUAGAAGUGCCUAAUAUAAACAAUUGUAUUAUUAAUAAAAUUAUCUAAAAAAGAAGAAGAAAAGAAGAGGAAGAUAAAUAAAUUUAGAGAAAAAUAUAUUGAAAAUAAUAAUUAAAGAAAUAGAUAAAAGAAGAAAAGUGUUAAAAAAAAAACAGUGUGGUGUUAGAAUUUUCGUGCUUUUCCUUUCGAAAAAGAGAGAGAAAGAAUAUUUCUUUGUUUACUGAGAAAUUCUCGUAUCCUCCUCUUUAUUUUCUUUCUCCAACGGUGUUGCGAGAAAGAAAAAUAAAGAAAAAAAGGAAAAAAGAAAAAGAAAGAGAGUGAGAGGAGAAAGGAGAAAGGAAGAGGAAGAGGAAGAGGAAGAGGAAGAGGACGAGGAAGAGGAAGGGAGAGAGAGAUAAAUCGUACGAAGAAGAUUCGAGGUAAAACUUCCUCCUGGGAAUGUUGAAGGACUCGCUUAUCGUUCGAGCAUCCUGCCAAGAGGGUUCCGGAUACUUAAAACGUGCGAACAGUGAUCGCCUCUAUGAAAUCUUUAAUCAGUACGCCACGCAAGAGAAGAAUGGCGAAAGGUUUAUGACCCCAUCUGAUUUUGUACGUAGUUAUCUUGGUCUUUACACGGAUGCUGAUUACAAUCCUGAUUCCGUUAAUCUACUUGCUGGAAUUGUCGACACUAGUAAAGAUGGACUCAUAUCUUUUGCCGAGUUUCAAGCAUUUGAAGGUCUACUUUGCGUCCCAGAUGCAUUAUAUAAAACAGCAUUUCAAUUGUUUGAUACUAAUGGAAAUGGAAUGGUUACAUUUGACGAGUUCACUGAGGUGAUGCGUAAAACGGUUUUACAUCAAAGGAUGCCAUUUAACAUGGAUAGCAGUUUCAUCAAACUUUAUUUCGGAAAAGAUAAGGGCAGGCUCAUAAGUUACGCAGAAUUCAGUCAAUUCCUACACGACUUUCACGAGGAAUAUGCAACGGAAGCAUUCAAAAAAUUUGAUAAAGAUGGGACGGGUUUUAUUUCGGCAGUAGACUUUCAAGAUAUCAUGCUUAGUAUUAAAAGUCAUUUACUGACAAAGGAUGUGAAAGAUAACUUAAUACCCGCAGUCAAUACAGUACAAAGUGGACGGAAAGUAAGCUUCCCAUAUUUCAUGGCAUUCAAUUCGCUUCUAAAUAACAUGGAACUUAUAAAACGUAUUUACCUGAACGCGACCAAUGGGCAUAGAUAUCAAGAAGUUACCAAAGAGGAAUUUCUUCAUUCAGCACAAAUGAUGUCUCAAAUAACACCACUUGAGGUGGACAUCCUUUUUCAUCUAUGCCAUUUACUCCAUCAAACUGGAACUACGGAAGAUGAUGAGGCAGAUUCGCGUUUUGGGAAAAUUGUAUACAAUGAUCUCGUGGCUAUUACUCCUGAGCAGUAUUUCAAGCAAAUAACAAAACGUCUUGCUGAGAUUAAGGCGGUGUCGAGCCCGGAGGAGCGCGGAGUUAUCGUUCAAAUUCUUGAGAGUGGAUACAGAUUUGUACUCGGAUCUAUUGGCGGAGCCGUUGGUGCUACCGUGGUGUACCCAAUCGACCUAGUGAAAACUCGACUACAGAAUCAAAGGACAGGAUCUUUCAUUGGGGAACUGAUGUACAGGAACAGCUUGGAUUGUUUAAGAAAGGUCAUGCGACACGAAGGCUUUUUUGGCCUUUAUCGUGGCUUAUUACCUCAAUUGAUGGGUGUAGCGCCGGAAAAAGCGAUCAAGCUUACGGUUAAUGAUUUCGUAAGAGAUAAAUUUAUGGACAAAAAUGGAAUUUUACCGGUUUAUGGUGAAAUUAUAUCCGGUGCUUGCGCUGGAGGAUCUCAAGUAAUUUUCACGAAUCCUCUGGAAAUCGUGAAAAUUCGGUUGCAGGUUGCCGGAGAAAUUGCAGGAGGCACGAAAGUACGAGCAUGGUCUGUGGUUAAAGAAUUAGGUCUAUUUGGAUUAUACAAAGGUGCUAAAGCAUGCUUUUUAAGGGACGUACCAUUUAGCGCAAUUUACUUUCCAAUGUAUGCUCAUAUAAAAGCUAAACUGGCCGAUGAAGGAGGAUACAAUACUCCAUUGUCACUUUUAUUUUCUGGUGCAAUUGCUGGUGUACCUGCGGCAGCGCUAGUUACUCCUGCAGAUGUAAUCAAAACUAGAUUACAGGUUGUUGCUAGAGCAGGUCAAACGACCUACACCGGUUUGCUCGAUUGCGCGAGAAAAGUUUACAACGAGGAAGGUGCCAGAGCAUUCUGGAAAGGAGCUUCAGCACGAGUAUUCAGAUCCUCUCCGCAAUUUGGUGUCACACUUUUCACAUACGAGUUGCUGCAAAGGUUAUUUGUAGUUGACUUUGGAGGAUCUCGACCAACAGGGUCAGAACAAAGGGUUCCUGCUACAGGAUUGGUAGAUGAAAUACGAUCAUCAAAUCCAGAUCAUAUAGGUGGCUACCAAAUAGCCUUGCCUGUUUUUAAGGGAAUAGAGAGCAAAUUUGGUCUAUGUCUACCCAGGUUCCAAACAGUGACUGUUCAACCUGACGGCAAACCACAGAAAAUGCAGUAACAUUAUUAGCUAGAAGAUAUAAGCUUGUAGCAAAAUUCUGCUGCCAUAAUAGCAUACAAGUAUCAUUGGUUGUUUGGUUCCUUCUAAUUCCAAGAUUACAGAGCAAAAAAAGAAAGAAACAGAAAGGAAAAAAAAAUAUUCAAAAGAUUAUCUUACCCGUUCUUUUCUAUUAACAAGUAAUUUGACCAUUACAAUGGUAACUUUAUUAUAUGUGAUUAUUAUAAUAAUUGGAGUUAAUAUAAAAUAGAACCUUAACUAGAUCAUCGUCAAAUACUAUUUCUAGACUUUUAAUUGAAUAGGUCUAAGAGAUUUGUUGUAGGAUCCAUCGACUAAUUAUCUAGUAGGCAUUGGCAGUACGUAAAAUAAUAUCUAUUCUAGUCAGCUAUGAACUAUGCUAUACGAUAAUGCUGAAAGUAUAUUUUUAAUUAUUUCUUUUUUAAUUAUAUUUAUUUAACACUUUAUUUUUAACACUUUAAAGAAAUUUUUGGCCACUAGCGACUGUUUAGCGUUAUUGAGGAAUAUCCGAGCAGUCAAGAAGAAUUUCAUUUUCACAUUUGCAUAAAAUAAUUUCAUUAAAAGUGAACACUUUUGUAUAUUUGAAGAAAACAGUAAUUAUUUUUUCCAUAUUUUCUGUUGUACAUUGAUUCAUUUAUGGUUACAAUAAAUAUAUAAAUACAGUAUAUUCGCGUAACUAAAACGUGCAAAAUCAUGUCGUCCAUUUAUAUAUUAGUCCGUUUUUAUGAAAUUAAUAUCAUAAAGAAUAGAAAGAAAAUAUAUAAAAAUAUAUCUAUCUAUCUUUUACAAUAGCUGAUAUAUAUAAUACAUUUUUCAAGAGACUAUUUACAUAUGUACGAUAUUUUUUUAUUUCAACUUUAUAUGAUCUUGGAUCGAUGGUCAUUAUUUUCAUUUAUGAUAUUUCAUAUAUGAAAGUAACAUCGAUCCAGUUUGAGCUCUUCUAUCUUCUAGUCGUAACUGCCAUUUUAAUUUGAAGAAUACACGGAUAUAUUUAGUCUAUGGAUCCUAUGCCUGUGAUGAUUCUAUUUGAAAUAUUUUCCAUUACGAAGGUACACGAUUGUUUCGGUCAAAGAAAACUAAAAUAUAUAACAAAAAUAAUAGAAAUGAUUAGUAGGAAAUCUCGAUACUUCAUACGAUUAUAAUUUCUAUUAAUCUAUACAGAAGCUUGAAAAAAAA